GGCGUGGCUGUCGUUACAUAAAGUAGACGGUGCAGCAUCUUACAGAACGCAGCUCCGGUCACUGGUAUUCACACAGCUGCAGGGAUGGCGGCCUCUCUGCUGAGGAUGGGACGGCUGAGCUUCGUCCAGUGUUUGCAGGCUGAGAGCUGGAGACCUCUAAACAGAAUACCAGCAGCUGUAGCUUUCAGCACAAAAUCUGGAGGUUCCAAGAAGAUACAGAGGAAGACCAACACAGACAAAAAGCAGACUAAAACCUACUUCGAUCUAGAAAAACUUGUUCAGCAUAAACCAUACAAGAUCAACCAGGAAGCAGCUGCAGCUGCAGCAGCAGCAGCAGCAGCAGCUUCACCAGGAACAGAGGCCCCACCCACUGCUGCUACUGCUCAGCCUACUUCAGUUGCUGCAACAACACCUGUUGUUGAAGCAACAACCACUCUUGAACCAGUCUCUGAACCUGCUGCACCUGUGACUAAAGUUCCCUCAGAAUCUGUCCGAGCUACGGCCUUAGGGACGGUUACUGAAGUGGCGACCAUGGCUGAAAGUGUUUCUGUGGUAGAAGCUCAUCCAAUGAUUGAACCAGCAGUUCCAGUAACUGAAGCCUCUCUGGCCCAUCCCUUUGAGGUGGCAAAUGCUAAAAUUAAUGCUGGAAGUCCCCCUGAAGCUUUAGUUGCAGAAGCUCCACCACCAGUGGAAGCUGAAUCUCCCCCUGUUGAGGUGGUCCUGGAGCCCACAACUGCUCCUAAUGAAGCAGCCCAAGAGUCUGUUGCUUCCCUGGAGAAGAUCCUGGAACAUGCCCAUGUUGAGGAUGUCCCAACAGUCAUGGCAGAAGUUGCUGCUGAAGAAAUGCCCUCAGAGCCUGCAGUCCAAGAUCCUGUGACUGAACCUCUUCCUGUAGAGGUGGUUCUAAACCCUGCAAUGGAAGUAGCUUCACUUCAGGUGGCCUCAGAACCUGCAGCAGAAGCUCCCUCCGUUGAGGAAGUCCUGAAGAUCAUAGAGGAAGCAGCUGUUGUAGAAAUGGCCGUUGCACAAGCAGUUGGGCAGUCUGCAGUGGACUGUGCUCCCUCAGAGGAUACUCCAGGAGCCCUGGUGGAGGAUGUCCGCGAGACGAUAGUGAAGGCCACUUCCCAAGAGGUUGUCCUAGAGCCUACGUUGGAAGCUACCACUGUUGAGGACAUCCCAACAGUCAUAGUGGAACCCAUAGCGGCAGAGGUGGCCAUGGAGCCGGCCCCGGAACCCAUGGCGGCAGAGGUGGCCCCAGUAGUCAUGGAGCCGGCCCCAGUAGCCAUGGAGGCGGCCCCAGCCCCAGAAGCCAUAGAGCUGGCCCCAGAAGCCAUAGAGCUGGCCCCAGAAGCCAUAGAGCUGGCCCCAGAAGCUAUAGAGCUGGCCCCAGAAGCUAUAGAGCUGGCCCCAGAAGCUAUAGAGCUGGCCCCAGAAGCUAUAGAGCUGGCCCCAGAAGCUAUAGAGCUGGCCCCAGAAGCUAUAGAGCUGGCCCCAGAAGCCAUAGAGCUGGCCCCAGAAGCCAUAGAGCUGGCCCCAGAAGCCAUAGAGCUGGCCCCUGAACCCAUAGAGCUGGCCCCUGAACCCAUAGAGGUGUUGGCUGAAGUUUCCAUCACAGAGCAAAGUGUCCAGGAGUUGGUGAGCACCGCCGCAGACAUUACUGCAGCUGUGGAAGAGGAGCUGAAGGGACCAGUGGAACCAUCAGAGGCUCAAAUGGACCCAAUUCAGAAGCUUUUCCUGGACUCCAUACGCCAGUAUUCAGCAAAUAGCCAGGCAGCAGGGGGACUGGUAGGCGCUGGCUCUGACUAUGAAAAGGCUCUGGCUGAGGAGACGGCAAAGCUUCAGAGGUUGUACGGAGGUGGAGACCUGACUUCAUUCCCUGAGUUCAAGUUCACAGAUCCCCAGUUAGAUGAAAUUUCCCAGAAGUGAAGCAUUCCUUGUUGCAACAGAACUUUUCUGCUGUCGUCUGAGCUGCAGUUCCACCGUGACUUUCAGCUUGAUGUUGUGACGAACCUUCUCCUUCAGUUCCAUGUGAAGAUGGAUCUCUUUUUUUGUAGUGUUGUAGCUGAACCUGCAACUGUGAACUCAACUUUAUGUAGAAAAUGAAUAAAGACCUGUUGAUGUUUGUCAACUUCCUAACUUGUUACUUCCCUAAAAAUGUUGGUCUGUUCUUACUGUAAUGUUGCUUCAGUUCAUUGAGGUUUGAGCGAUAACCCCAGACCAU